GGCCAAGAAGUGCCGGAAGCGCCGGCCCAGCUCCUCUUCCUCACUUCAUCUCGACCCCGUCAGGCGGCAGCAAUGGCGGAAGAGGGGAACAGCUCGGGCGGGCGCGGCGUCCGGGUGUGCGUCACCGGUGGCGCCGGGUUCAUCGGCUCAUGGCUCGUCAGAAAGCUGCUCGAGGCAGGGUACACCGUUCACGCCACCCUGCGGAGCAUCGGGGACGAGGGGAAAGCGGGGCUGCUGCGGCGGCUCGUCCCCGGCGCCGCGCCGCCGGAGCGGCUGGUGCUGUUCGAGGCCGACCUCUACGACGCCGCCAGCUUCGCGCCGGCCAUCGCCGGCUGCCAGUUCGUCUUCCUCGUCGCCACCCUCUUCGCGCACGAGGCCGCCGCAUCCAAGUACAAGACGUCGGCGGAAGCCGCCGUGGACGCGGUGCGCGUCAUCCUCCGGCUAUGCGCGGAAUCUAAGACGGUGAAGCGCGUCAUCCACACUGCAUCGGUGUCGGCCGCUUCGCCGCUGACAAAGUCCUCCACCGCCGCCUCUGCGGUGUACAGGGAUUUCAUCUCUGAAUCUUGUUGGACUGCUCUGGACGUCGAUUACCCUCUCCGUAACACGCACUUCGAUAAGUACAUAGAGUCAAAGGUCCUGUCAGAGAAGGAGCUCCUCAGGUACAACGAUGGCGAGAGCCCGGCGUUUGAGGUGGUCACAAUUCCCUUGGGCCUCGUCGCGGGGGACACAAUCCUCAGCCGCCUCCCGGAAACAAUUCAGAGUGCGGUGGCACCGGUGACCAAGCAAGAGCCCUACUUCAUGCUACCGAGGAUUGCACAGAGGCUGUUGGGCUCAGUGUCACUAGUGCACGUCGACGAUGCCUGCGCCGCGCUUGUCUUCUGCAUGGAGCAGCCAUCCAUCGCUGGCCGGUUCCUCUGCUCCGCCGCCUACCCGACAAUCCAUGACAUCCUGGACCACUACGGCAGCAAGUACCCCCAUCUAGAUCUCCUCAGAGAGGCUGAUGAGGUAGCGAGGGUGCAACCUGAGAGCAACAAGCUUGGGGAGCUGGGCUUCAGGUACAAGUAUGGGGUGGAGGAGAUUCUAGACGAAAGCAUCGAGUGUGCUGUGAGGCUGGGCUCCCUGGAUACAUCCAAGCUUAUCGUGCAGCAGGAGUGAUGAACGCAAUGGUGUGCAGGGCAAGUGAUCAUAGUAUGUUCUUUACUUGUUCAUCAUUUUACAGUAACACAUGUACCAAAAGAAGUAAAACGACACAUGAAGAAUAGCAUGUACCAAAAGACACACAAAGGAAGUAAAACGACAUUUUAUAGUAUGUUCUUUAGUUUGUUCUUCGACUUCUGCUCUGGAAAUCGGUAUCAUCGCUGAAAUCUUAGGAUUUUUCUUGUAAUCUAAUGCACGAGUUAAACACACAAAGGAAAAAUUCUUUAUCAUGGCAAAAAACUAGCAUUAACCAACACAUUUACCAAAAACCUUGCUCAUCUUCAACUUGUUUGUACCCGAAAAACGGAAAGCCCUGUGUAAAAAAAACAGGAAAGAGAGGCCCAUGCAAUACUCCCUACUCAGGACCAAAGUACCAAGGUCCUUUCUUCAGUCACAGGGAGUAGUACUGAAGUAACAAGCAUACACAAAAUUGUGUUAACUAAUAACAGGCAUUACUUUAGGAGUUACGGCUUUUGGAGGAGCAGAUCCAAAAUAAAAUUUC